AUGGCAGGUGGCAGUCCUGUUAAGAGGGUAGUAGUGAACCGGAAUGGAGAUCCUUUCUCCCCAGGCUGCCGGCUGGUGGUGACCCAUCGCCGCUUCCCCACUCUGGAGACCUUCUUUUGUGAGGUAACGUCAGUGGUGCAGGCCCCGUUAGCAGUGCGAGCCCUCUACACACCGCGCCACGGCCACCCAGUCACCAACCUUGCAGACCUGCAGAAUGGAGGGCACUAUGUGGCUGCGGGUUUUGAGCCAUUUCGCAAGCUCCAGUACUUACCCCCUAGAGGGAAGGAGCCGGGAGUGAAGAGCAGCAGAGCACCAGCUCAAACUCAGAGUGCCAGUAAUGGGAGCCAUGGCCAGCGGGAGAAGGCAGGUGCCCCCUGCUAUAUUCGGGUAUUCAGGAAUGGGGACCUAUUAAGUCCUCCUUUUAGCCUGAAACUAUCCCAGUCUGCCAGUGAGGACUGGAACACAGUAUUGAAGCUCCUAACAGAAAAGGCAAAACUGCAGAGUGGGGCUGUGUGCAAACUCUGCAACCUGGAAGGGGUCCCACUGUCAGCAGUGGAUGCUUUGGAGAGUGGCCAUUUCUAUGUGGCUGUUGGAGAGGAUGAGUUCAAGGCCCUCCCUUAUGUGGAGCUGCUGGUGCCUGCCCCCUUGCUGCCCAGGGGAUGCUGGCACCCCCCAGACCUGAAAUCUAGGCUCUACAAGCAGGGGGCCCAUGGCCCCAGGAUACCAGCAACCCAGCUCUCUCCAAAGGAACCAUCGGGACCCAAAACAUCUAUUUUCUAUGCCAGACCCCAGCAGGCUGGAGAGCCAAGAAGUGAUACCUCAACUCUCUUACUUUCCCCAGGUGUGAAGGGAGUCUACAGUGCUACCCACCUAAGGAGGGAGACAGCAGGGGCUCAGGAAGUAGCAGAUGAUGAUGAUACCAGGACAGAAGAAACCUUGGACCAGAGAGCAGCACAGAUUGUGGAAGAGGACCCAUCUCUGAAAAACCAGCCUGGGGUUGAGGUAGCUCUCUCAGCUUCAGGCCCUGCUCACCAUCCUAAAAGGCAGCAUCUCUGA